AUGGAGAAUGGGUCCUAUCCCGGUUCCUUUCACGUUCCUAAAGAUGUGCCGCUCCCGUACCAGAAGAUCGUUGGUCAAAGGGCGACGACAGCAAAGAUUUGGCGAUGCCAGGGAAACUACAGCAAGGAGCCUGGGAGGCCCGAGCACAGCCGUUACCGCGUACGAUUCCGCGCAGGGCGAAGGGAUCUGCAGGGGGCGGUGUUGGCACCCCAGAAGAGCAAGGUGAGCGGAGGUCCUCCACAAAGGAUGCAAUAG